UUUAAACCAAACCCAAAGUCCAAGACCUCUCUAUCAUUAUUUUUGUCUCUCAACAAACCCACCCAUUUGGAUUCGGACAAUUCUCAUCAAAGAUGUUCAAUGCAAAAUCUGAUGAGGUUCUUCCCCACAAGACUGUGCUCCAAAUCAAGCAAGAUGACAAGUUCUUCAGUAGGCUUCUUUCAAAGGAAAGUUCCAUGUCUCACCCAUCAUUCAGAAUGGCUGUUGCUGUUCCUUUUGUGUGGGAAUCUCAACCUGGCACUCCCAAAUACACUUUCUAUGAGGAAACUCUACCUCCUCUUACUCCUCCACCUUCCUAUUACUUCAAUUCCAUCACUGCCACCAAAAACAAGCCACUCAAGAAACGUUCAAAAUCCAAUCUUUUGUCAUCACUGUUCACAAAACUCCAUCUCAAGAAAACCACUCUCUCACCCUCUUCACUUUCCUCUUUCUCUUCUCCAUCUUUCUCUUCAUUGUCAUCCUCAGAUUCUUCCCAUGUUGUUCUUAAGCUUGGAAGGAGGCGUUUCCUAAGCUUUGGUUCUUCUUUUGACUUUAGGGGUGUUGAUGAUGAAGAGGGUGUUAGUUUUACUUCACCCACUUCAACACUUUGCUUUGGCAUUCCUCGUUCUGCUAGCUCCAUCUCUAACAGUACCUUCCGAGGUUCCUGCAGGAGGUGAAUUUAAUGUAAUUGAGCCAUUUCACUGUACUUUGGAGAAUGAUUUGGUGUGGCCAUGGUGCUGUUGCUUUGAGUUUUAUGUGUAAAUGUUUUUGUUCCUCUCUGUGUUUAAAGGGAAACCAAUUUUCUUGUUAAAAGUUGGUCUCGAGUUUGUUU